ACAGCCUGGCUGAUGCUCUGGCCCAGGAAGGCCUCGGCGGUCUCCUUCAUGCGCAGCAGCACCAUGGACGAGAUCUCCUCGGGGGUGAAGCUCUUGUUCUCGCCCUUGAACUCGACCUCGAUGAGGACCUUGUCGUCGUCGCCUUCCUUGAUCGUGAAAGGGAAGUGCGUGGCGUCCUUCUUGACGACCUCGUCGCUGAAGCUGCGGCCGAUGAUACGCUUGGCGUCGAACACCGUGUUGGUGGCGUUACCGGCGGCCUGGAUCUUGGCGGCCUCACCGAUGAGACGCUCGCUCUCGUUGAAGGCGACCCACGAGGGCGUGGUGCGGUUACCCUCGCUGUUGGCGAUGAUCUCGACCUGGCCGUCCUUCCAGACGCCCACGCACGAGUAG